CGAGUACUUACACACGUGAUGCGUGUGUAACGAGCGCGAUAAAUAUCGCGUUAUUGUUAUCGCGCACAAUAUCGGUACAUAAACUCCAACGUUCAUUGGUAGCUUGCUUAGAUUCCGUCUUCCUCCGUUUGCCGCGACGAAUAACAAAAUCGAGUGGAAUCCGAUGCGACCGGUUAUUUCGAGCACGACAGAGGUAUAAUUUCCGCGAAUAGUCUCCCUUCUCUUAUCGUCUCACUGCAGCUUGUCACAUUUUAUCACAUUUGACUCGACGCGACACGGAACGAUAACCUGCUUUGCCAACGAGGUCACAUCUCUAUUUGCCAGACAAACGAAAGAAUAUUACGCAGUCGUGUUUUAACAUUUGACCAAACACGUAGUAGCGGGAUUGGCGAGUCGCCGUGAACGUUGAAGAGAAAUUUAUCUCGAAGUAGAGUCGUGUGUCAUACUAGUAAGAGGAAAGAAUCACUUGUCAAGAAUUUGAUGUGCCUGCAGACCGCAUUUCUCGUUUAUCCCUCGUAAACGACGAAGUAGUCAUUCUCUUCACUUUCUACGAUAUUCUUCGGACGAUAGAGGCGAUUGAGAAAUCUACGAAGUUCUCGAGAUGGGUAUCGAACACAAGAUGUCUGAAAAGAAUCCUGAGAUGAGAGAGACUGCUGCAAGAAUUUGUCGAGAUUACUUACACGGUGUUUGGAAACAUAUCACAGCGCAAAAUAUUAUUCUUAAACGUAUCAGUGGUGGCUUAAGCAAUUGGUUAUACAAUGUCGAGCUUCCUGAGGGAACAACCCCAGUUAGGGGAGAACCUCGCCAAGUUUUACUACGUCUAUAUGGACAAGUGCACGGGGAAAGGGCUUUGGAAGGAAUUAUCACAGAAUCUGUUAUCUUUACUUUGCUUUCUGAGAGAAAACUUGGUCCUAAGUUACAUGGUGUUUUUCCUGGUGGUCGUAUAGAGGAAUAUAUACCAGCACGGCCUUUGCUCACAAAGGAAUUAGCAGAUCCAACAUUGAGUUUAAUGAUCGCUGAAAAAUUAGGACAAAUACAUAUGAUGCAAGUACCAAUCAGCAAAGAGCCUACAUGGCUAUGGGACACGAUGAAUAAAUGGCUUAAUUCAGCGACUGAUAUUUUGGAGAGUACUGAAGAUAUUGAUGUCCGAUAUUCAGAUAGCGUUAACAUUAUAAAAAAAAUAGACUUGGAGCAUGAGAUCAAGUGGUUCAAGACACUUGUUUUGCAACAAAAACAGCCAGUUAUAUUCUGCCACAACGAUAUGCAAGAAGGCAACAUACUCUUACGCGAGAAUACGCGAAAGCCCGAGUUAGUAGUCAUUGACUUUGAAUAUUGUUCCUACAACUAUCGGGGAUUCGAUAUCGCUAAUCAUUUCGCCGAAUGGCAAUACGACUAUACGGCACCAGAUUAUCCUUUCUAUCACGAACGUCUCACCGCCGGUCCCACAAAAGAACAAAAGCUCAACUUCAUAAGAGCCUACCUGAGGUCAUUGGGGAAAGAAGGGACUAUGGAGGAGGAACGUAUCAUGAUGGAAGUGAAGAUGUUUUCAUUAGGUAGUCACUUGUUCUGGGGUCUCUGGAGCAUCGUAAAUGCAAAAAUUUCUCAAAUUCCGUUUGGAUAUUGGGAUUACGCUGUCUCCAGGCUAAAGAAUUACAUGUACUUAAAAGAGAAAAUCGUUACCUCUGGGCCACCAGUAUUGGAUGGCAGCCUUAAGAGAAAGUCUAGCGAUAUAGAUUGAGAGUGUAAGAUUGAACAAAAGAAGAUGCAGCUUAUAUGUUUUGCUACAUGAAAAUAUUCUCUAUUUGUCAACUCUAAUCGAUGGGAUCAUCAAGCUUUGGCAAGCAACAAGACAAUUUAACACAAUAUGCCAAGUUAUGAUUUGUUUCAACAUCGUACGAUGUGUUGUUUUCUGAGUGCACAGGCUGUUUCGAAUAGAUGAAAUAUUCGCCAGACGCUUGCGAAACAAUUAAGUCUUGACGAACAAAUUGCAGGAGUAUGUUGUGACAAGUAAUCAGAACGAACAGAGUAAAAUAAGAGUAAAUGGAGGAUCAACCUUGUGAUAUAAAAUAAGCAGGUGAUACGCAUGAAUCUCCGUUUACUAUUUUAACUGCGUUCGCUGAAUCUUAGUGCUAACAGGAAAAGUGCAAAGUUAGAUAUAUAAUCUUUUUUUAUAAUUUUCAUAAGAUAUUUACAAACGAUGAGAAACGUUGGUAAUUCGAUAAAGUAGGGCAAAUAUUGGAAACUAAAAGGCUGUUACAUAGUGUACAAAGUCAUGUAAGUCGUAAGAAAGUCUGCAAUAUGUUUGUAGUGUAUUAUUUUAUCUCUUUUUUAAUAUGUUAACUUUUAUAUACUUAUUAUAAGACUAUCCAGAAUUUUGUUAUCAACAACAGUGUGUGUCCAUUUGAUUUUUCACAUUAAAUCGUUUGUUAUAAAUGUGCAAUAAUUUUGCAUAAAUUUCUUGUAACAGAAUCAGCGUGGUACUUAAUUGUGAUGCGUUUAUUUUACUCAAGGUCGACUAAAUACUUAAGUAUCAUCAUUAAGCACAAGUACUUAAUAUUGUGUAAAAGAGAGAAGCACCGAACAUUUAUAAUGUGAUCAAUACUUACGAACAUAAAUAAAAUGCACCAAGAACUGAACAUAAAAAA